UGAAAUGUAAUUAUGUGCUGUGUACGCAUUAGAAAUAAUGAUAAUAAAGUGAAGAAACGCGCACCGGGUUCAGUGCGAAUGUCAAAAUGGUCUUGCUCAGCAAUGAAGAGUUCAUGUCACAGUUGAUGCUCCUGGCGCAGAAAUCAAAGGAAAGAUCAUCAUUUACUGUGACUUUCAAGCGAUAUGAUGGAAAUGACAAGCCACAGCCACGAGAAGGACGUCCAAAACUUCCAGAGCCCGAGGAGUACAUGUGCCUAAUACGGGCGAAAUCGAAGAGCAAGAAGCUUUCCACUGUCGUGAAGCGCAGCGAUGUCCCCAGAGUAAUGGAGAAUUAUGCCAGGAUAAUGAAAAUCUGCAUGGAUGGAUUGAAGAGAGUGAAAAAGGUGAAAACAAAAGCGAAGGCAGCACAGGGAUAGCUAAUUUUCCUGUAUUUUGGCAUUAUUUCAUAACUUUUAUAUCUGCCGGAAAACUGCAAAUGAUGAGGAUUAUUUAAGCAAGUAUAGAAUAAUGGAAUAAAGUGGUUGCCAGGC